AUGUCGCGGUCGCAGCGACCACCGAGCUCGCCGUGCGAUGCCACGUGGCGCAACGCAGCCGCCUCCAUCGGCGUCUUCGUCCCCGCGCCGCACGCCCGGUCGCAGCCGCCGGUGCGCGGGCGGUCUGACACCACGCCCAGCUGGUCAUCCUCGAUGACGGAUGACGCCGACGCCGGCGGCGGCGGCGGCGGCGCGGUGGUAAUGGUGCCGGCGAGGGGAUCCGAGACGCCGGCCACGCGCGCCCGUAUGCCGGGGCUGUCGCAGUGCGCGUCCCCGGAGGCCCGCGCCAGGAUCGGCGCGGCGUCGCCGGGGACCGCGCGGCGCGUGGCCGUGCGGCUCUACGAGAGCCUCGGCCGCCACGGGCUCCACCGGGAGGCCGACCGCGCGUUCAGGGACGCCGCCGCCGAUGGCGAAGGGACGGCGGACGGCGGGGGAGCCGUCGUCGCCGAGCGGGAGCUCACGGGGAUGGCGUGCCUGCUCAAGGACGGCUUCGUCGGCUACCUCAGGGAGCUCGCCAAGAUCACGCCACCUGUUCCCAAGCAGGUCGUCAAAUUCUGUGGGAUAACAUACUCAGCGAAGAUUGAGACAGCUGCCUUCAGAUAUGAGACCUUUGGCAACAAGCUGCUCGAAUGCUUUGUGCAACCAGUAAGAAGCCUGUCCCAGAGCAAACGAUCAGCUGAGCUUCAAAUUUUGAAAGGAAUUGAUGGCUACAUCAUGCCGGGUUCUAUGACUCUUGUCCUUGGUCCACCUGGCAGUGGAAGGAGCACCAUGCUGAAGAUACUUGCUGGUAGAGCCAAUCCAAGUCAAGAUUCUGGACUGUCUGGCAUAGUCAUCUACAAUGAAAAGACAGUAUCCGAAGUUCAAAAGAGUCGACUGAUUGCCUAUGUCUGUGGUCAGCUCAACAAGCACAUCCCUUUCCUCUCAGUCCGAGAAACUCUUGAGUUUGCAAGAGACUGCACGCAAGGUCUCCGGCCUGAGAAUUUCACGCCACAGAUGCGAAAGUUCUUCGCCUAUGCACUUGUGGAAGGACAGGAUCCUUUCCUUGAAUAUGUCAUGCAGAUCCUUGACUUGAAGAAAAUAGAGAAUUGCCUAGUUAGUGGCAUAUCAGAUACUGACAGGGAUAAGCUGUCGAUAGCCGAGCUUGCAGUGGGGACCUACUCAGUCAUGGUCUAUGACCAGCCAUUGACAGGCUCAGAUCCAGCAAUGACCUAUGAUUUGGUGAACACUAUAAGGACUGUCUGUAGAAUCCAACAAUCAUCUGCAGUCAUGGCCCUCAAUCACCUCUCUCAAGAAGCAUUUGACCUCUUUGACAGGAUAAUCCUACUUGGAGAAGGGCAUGUGCUGUACCAAGGCCCAAGACAGGAUGCAGUCACAUACUUUGCUCAACUAGGGUAUAUGAAGCCUCCACAUGUGGAGUCCUGGGAGUUUCUCCAAGACAUCGCGGCAGAAAAUGGCCUGCAGUACCUAUUGCGAAGGUCAAAUCCACGAGGCCUGGAGGAGUUAGUGGAAUGCUACUACUCAUCAGAUCAUUACCUGGAUGUCAUAAGAAUCAUUGGCAAGAGCAAAGAGUUCAGUACAUAUUGGGUUGAGAGCGAGCCAGGAAUUGGCUUAUCCUUGAAGGAGUCAACCACAUUCAAAUCAAAUAAGACUAAACAUCAAGAAACAGAAGUAGUUGUUGCAAAACUUCUGAACAAAUCUGGAUCUACUAGUGGGAUUGAAAGUUCAGGAAACAUCCAAGCAUGCAUUCUUGGUUUAUUUGCUGGGACACUGUUCUACAAGCUUGGUGGGCAGUAUAAUCUUCAACAUAUGAACUCUGUGAGAGCUCUUGGGUGUGGAAAAGUAACAAAGGAAGAAGCUAUAGAUUUUGAGAAUAUCAGUGGAUAUGCGAAACCAGGAACUAUGCUAGCUCUUGUAGGGGGUGCUGAUGGAAGUGCAGCUACACUUCUCAAGUGCCUUUCAGGAAGGAAACCUCCAGGUGGCAGUUUUACUGGAGAUAUCCUAGUCAAUAGCACCAAACCCUCAGCUGAUUUCUCAAGAAGUGUGGGCUAUGCUGAGCAGCUUGAUGCUCAUCAACCAUACCUCACCAUACGUGAGUCACUUCAAUUCAGUGCCAGCCUUAGACUAACAAAUGUCAUUAGCAAAACAAGAAGGCAUAUACAUGUUGAAUUAGUUCUUGACCAGCUGGGCUUGCAGUACUAUGGCAACCACUUGGUUGGUUCCUUGAGAGAUGGCACUGGGAAAACAUUUGAAGUAGCAAAGAAGCUUACAAUUGCAGUUGAACUUGCAGCAAACCCAAGUAUUCUAUUCCUUGAGGAGCCUAUUUCAGGUCUUGAUUCGUCUGGAACCUCAGCAAUCUUGAGCAUCCUAUCACAGUUACCAGUUUCCGGUCAAACAGUCAUAGCGACAGUUAGUCAUCCCAACACCCGUGCACUUUCAUACUUCCAUCAAGCCAUCAUCCUAACUCAAGAAGGCCGUCAAGCUUACUUCGGUCCAGUAGGACUCAACUGCCAUGAAAUACUCGGAUACUUUACUGCGAUCCCAAGGGUGCCUCCUUACAUCCAGACACAAAAUCCUAUCAGUUUCGUUAUGGGUGUAACUGGACUUGGAAUUCAAAGAAGAAGAACUGCAGUGAUAGAUUUUGCGGAAGAGUUUCAAAAUAGCCAUUUGCAUGAGGUGGCCAUGAAGGUCGUUAACACUGCUAUGAAGAACAAGAAGUUUGGGAAAGAAAAGGACAGUAACAUGAUAUCCAUUAGUUACAACUAUCCAGCAUCGUUUAUAAGGCAAAUAGGGUUGGUUUUGUUGAGGACACAGAGGUUCUUAUGGAGGAACGUGAACUACACUUACAGCAGGUUUACUGGUUGCGCAAUGAUUGGAUUACUGAUGGGCUCACUCUAUUUCAAGAUUAAGUAUGAAGACACAUACGGGGUGACUUCUAGAUCACUGUACACCUACAUGCAAACUAUACUCAUCGGGGUCAUAUCUGCUAAUAAUGUGAUUCCUCAAAUUGGCACUGACAGGCUCGCCUACUUCCGAGAAAUGAGGUCCAAGAUGUACCUUCCGAUAUCCUACCCAGUGUCAUGGGUGAUCAGUGAAAUCCCCUACUUCCUCGUAGCAACAUUGGCAUUUGUUGGCAUUGGCAAUGGCAUGGCAGGGAUAGCAACAGAGACAGCCACCGAUUUCCUCGCCUACUGGUCAGUUCUAUUCCUCUUCACCCUCUGCAUGACCUACUUUGGCAUGAUGGUCACGUUCAUAGCUCCGAGCCCGAUCCUCGCCGCGUUCCUUGUCUCCAUAAUCACUUCGCUGUGGGUCUCUGCCUCUGGUGUGGUGGUCCUCUUCUCAGAUAUCAGGUUCUACAGGUGGAUGUACUGGACAAACCCGUUUCAAUACGCGAUGAGCACGCUCACAACAAUAAGCUUCUACUGCGACACAUCCCAGUGCCAGAGACAGUGCUCAUGCCCACGGCUCCCUGACGGCUCCUAUGUGUGGGACAGGAUAGCAAGCAUCAGGUCUUUGAGUCAGGAGAGGACCUGCACGGAUGUGGUAACCUUGGCAGGGAUGUGCACCACAUUUGCCGUGCUUGCUUUCCUCUUCUUCAUCGUUCUGAAGCACAACUCAUCGCAUGCCCAUUAA